GUUCUUCAAAGGGAAGUUGUGGCCGGCCACAAACAUGAGGGUCGAUUCGACCUCCUUUUCCUGUUUGUCUUGUCAGGUUCAGCCUCAGCAGAUAUCGUCCCACAGACAAUAACAGCCUAUGUGACUGAAACCGUCGUCCUGCCGUGCCGCAUCACUGUGGAUGGUGAACUCCCCACGGUGGAGUGGUCCAAGGAGGGCUUAAGGAAAAACAACAUCACCUUACUGUACCGGGACGGCUGCGAGACGUUUGGGAUGAAGAAUCCAGCCUUCCACUACAGGACAAACCUCCUUUUGAACAAACUGAAGGACGGCAACAUCUCUCAGAUCAUUUACAACCUGAGGGUGUCUGAUGGAGGCAGGUACAACUGCAGGACCCUCAGGGGGAAGGAGUGGCAGGUUCACGCGAUUAUCGUCCUUAAUGUGGGUGCCACGUCAAAGCCAGAGCUCACAGUUGUUCCCUCCACUGAGGGUGGAGAACUGACCCUGGAGUGUAAGGCGGAGUGCUGGUUCCCAGAACCUGACAUCACGUUUUACGAUGACGAAAGGAACGAGAUUCCAGCAGAAAAACCAACAAGAGGGCCAAACUCUAGAGAAUGUUUUACAGUUACCAGGAGAGCAGUUGUGCAGACUAAAAUCAACAGAGUGACCUGCAAAGUCCACGAGAGAAAGUUCAAUCAGACCAAGAACACAGAGAUUUACAUCCCAGAUGGCUGGAUGAGGUCCUGCUCAAACACGGCAAUAAUCACAGGAAUCGUCACUUUCUUUUUGACAGGGUCAAUGUGUGGAAUUGUUUUCCUGGGAGACAAAAAAUCCUGCGGGAGAGGACAACACUCCAGAAAUGGAGGUAUGAAAGAAGCUGUUCAAGAGAAGGAAAAGGCAGAGAGGAAUGGAUACAGAUACAGAGGUACCUCACAGGAAGAGCAGUCCACAGAUGACUCCAUGAUCUCGCCAGAUGGCACAGGACCAAUAGCCCAAACGCCCAGUUACAACGUGGCCACAGGACAGGACACGUCCACCAUGAAAACGUCUCAAAUGACUGUUGUAAGACGAAACAAAACCCUUAGCUUAUUGAGCAACGACAGACCUAGAUCCAUGUCUGCUUCCCCUUCCUCUCUGUUCCCUCCCAGUACCAUAAUCUCCCGGGCAAAUACCAAUGAGAGCUCAGAGACGCUGUUAAAUGAACAAGGAACCACAACAACUAAAAUGUGGCAAAGACUAGGCCUGUCGCAAUGAGCAACAGGUCAAGUCCUGUUGCUCAUUCAAUUCUUAUGAAAUUAGAAUAGGAAUUUUAUCUCCAGAUAAAAUUUGCAGAGUCAUUUUUUUCUGGAGACAUCAUUAUGUGUUUCAUUUUGUUGUGUGUUGUUUUCAUUUGAUUGUGUUUUGGUUAUUUUGUAUCUUUUGAAUAUCUAAGAUAUCUCCCAGUUCCAGUGUUAAGUGUUCUUUACAAGACUUAAAGUUUUUAGAUAUUUGAGAGUGAAAACUUGCCUUGUUAUGCCAUUAUCUGUAACCUCUAGGAAAAUGUGUUGUCUAGCAAAAUUGACAGAGACGGGCCUCAAAGGAUCAGGACAAAAGCCUACAAAACUGUAAUUUAAAACCAAGUAUUCCAAGACUUCCUCUCAGGGGUUCCUCUUCAGUUUUCUUAUCCUCAGGUUUCAGUCUUAAAAGUGUACAUCCUUUGUAGAACAUCUCUGGUCUUCUUGUACGAAAAAGAUAUUGCGACUAUCGGCAUAUGCAGUUCCAGUUAGCAUUUGGGCUUGUUAUUGAGCCAAAAACAAGUCUUAAAUUAUGUGGGAGUAAGAUUAAAACCAUCUUUCCAUAAUUCAGUGUUAGACUUUUUAAAAAUCUGCAUUUACUGAAUGUUUUGUUGUACUAGAAUUGUGUUUACUUUACAUUAAACAGGGAACUGGCCUUGGUAACUGUGACGUAAUUUGCAAGUGACUCAUUAGAUUCACUAUCUGACUGUUGACAGGUUGUUGGAGAGUGGUUAGGUGUUUGUACGUUGUUGGGCUUUCUAAGAUGUGUGUUUGAAUGUUUUCUCAGGUGUUUUAUAUGACAGUGUUUCAAUUCAGCCUAGCGUUUCCUUGACGAGUACUCUAUGUUGUGGCCAUUUAUGCUGAUUUUUUAUCAAUUGUAAGUUCUGCAAAUUUAGUUUUUCUUUAGGCAGUUAGAAUGUGCUUUAGUUGGUUUAUAACCAAAAUCUGUCAUUUUAAUUUAAAAUUGUUUAGAUUAUUUUUGGUAACUUUUAGACCUUCCCAUUAAUUUAAGUGAUUAAAGAUACACUGGAGGGCUUGGCGCAGGCCUUUAGUUUGGCAAAUGUCUGGUGUGAUGACAGGAUGCUUUUGGAAAAUGAUUUUUAUUUAUUUUUUUACCACUUUUUGUACUUGAAACAUCAGAUCAAGUGAACUUUCUUUUUCAUCUAACUUGUAAGAGAUUUUUAGUUAUUGUUCUCUAUAUAUUUUUGCCAGAAAACAUAUACAUUUUUUUUCAAACAAUCAAGUCGGAAGUGCGUGCAAGAACAAAACCACCCUGCUGCCACCCACGGCCUUUCCUGGAAAUCUUUGCUUUUGGAACUUAGAAGGCAGCGACACAAACUAUUUGCUUCAACUUCUGUCGUUGUCAAAGAAACUACAUUAUUUGAUGCUUUUUGUUGGCACCUGAUGCUGAUGCGUCAGUUCUGUAAAUGGUGCUGCCUUCCCGGCCACUCAUAUCAUCCCUCUAUGCUUCAAAGGGAAAGCUACAUAUGCACUGGCAUAUGAUCUAGUAAUAAUAAAACAACUGCACAUAGCAGAAGUCUCCUCACUCGCUGGUGGUGCACAUAAAGCAACUCAGGUCUCAAGUAUAUAUAAAACCAAGGAGACAGUUGUCGAAAAACAACAAUAUAACACACCCUCUGGUCAGUGUUGGCGUAAACGGUUUUGUGUCCAGGGACCAUCAUGACCUCUGAUCCUAAGUGGUACGAUGGUGUCGGCCAUGUUGUCAAGAAUUUACACCACAUUUGUGUUCUUUCUUAAAUGUGUGAACAUUUCACUGUUGCCUCCAGUCUUCGAUUUAUGUGUUCUUAUUCUUGUUUGUCUUCUGAUAGAACAGGAGGAAGUGUUUUUACAUUUGACCUUUUUCUGUAAUGUAUUGUUGUGUUGGAGCAACAAAGCAAAGCAAGUUUUAGACAUACUGACAAUAAAAUAUGAUCUUGAUUUGACUUGAA